GACAUGAGCAUUGUGAUUUCCAAAUAGAAAGCUUAUUUCACGUUACCAUUCCGUUCCUUACGGGUUACGGCCAAUGCAUAUACUUCACAAUACAUAUUUGGUAUUUUCUAUUUUUCUUGUACCAAAUAUUUUGUUACGGUAAACAAAUAUUUCCAAAGUCAUAAAAAGAUUCUUGUCCUAUAAACAAACCACAAUAGACUAUGGAGUAAAUUAUUUUGUCAGAGAUAAUUAAUCUGUAACAAAUCUACACCACCCUUUAUAGUUUGGUAUACAAUAUAAAUAUCGUUGGACCACACUGAAUAUAAAAAGUUACCGAGGUAACCUCUCUUCACACACUACCAAAGUUUCUCCAAUGGCCACACUCUUUCUUCACUCGGAUACAUUGUCCAUCUUCUUUAUCAUAUUCGUGUCACUGGUUCUGCUAAGUCUCCGGCAACCCUCUGAGGCGGCGAGUUGUACAACUCCGCCGGUGAUUUUUAACUUCGGAGACUCUAAUUCAGAUACAGGAGGCCUUGUUGCUGGACUUGGUUACCCCGUUGGCUUCCCAAAUGGACGCUUAUUUUUCCGGCGAUCCACCGGUCGUUUGUCCGACGGACGUCUUCUCAUCGAUUUCCUCUAGUUUGAAUACAAGUCUUUUGAGGCCAUACUUAGAUUCAUUGGGUGGAACAAGGUUUCAAAACGGUGCAAAUUUCGCUAUUGUUGGAUCCGCUACUCUCCCCAAAAACGUCCCUUUCUCGCUCAGCAUUCAGCUCAUGCAAUUCAGUCAUUUCAAAUCUCGAUCACUCGAGCUCGCUUCUAGUUCAAAUUCAUUAAAGGGAAUGUACAUAAGUGAGGAUGGAUUCAAAAACGCAUUAUACAUGAUUGAUAUAGGACAGAACGACAUUUCGCAUUCUUUCGCUAAAGGCAACUCGUAUUCUCAAACGGUUAAGCUAAUUCCACAAAUUGUUUCCGAGAUACAAAGCGGAAUAAAGAGAUUGUACGAUGAAGGAGGAAGGAGAUUCUGGAUCCACAACACUGGUCCAUUAGGUUGUCUACCUCAAAAACUUUCAAUGGUUACGAGCAAAGAUCUCGACCAGCACGGUUGCUUAGCCAGUUACAACUCGGCAGCAAAGCUUUUUAACCAAAGAUUAGAUCAUAUGUGUGAGGAGCUGAGGAGCCAACUUAAAGACGCCACAAUAAUCUAUGUCGACAUAUACACUAUCAAAUACAGCCUCAUUGCAAACUCCAACGAAUACGGCUUUGGGAGACCGUUAAUGGCUUGCUGCGGAUAUGGAGGGACUCCUUACAACUACAAUAUGAACAUAACAUGUGGCCACAGAGGCUCUAAUGUAUGUGACAAAGGGUCUCGCUUCGUAAGCUGGGAUGGGAUUCAUUACACCGAGACAGCUAAUGCCAUUGUGGCCAUGAAAGUUCUUUCAAUGCAGUAUUCAAACCCAUCAAAUCCAUUUCAUUUCUUCUGCCGUCGCUGAUAAUAAAAGUAUUAUCGAUUUAUAGGCUCAUUCUUGGAAACUAGACUGUUUUUUACGAUUGAAUUUUAUCUGGCAAGUUGUAUUUAGGUACUAAAUGUUCAAAAACUACGCAUAAAUUUGUGAUUAAGAUUGUUGGACCAUAUAUAUAAAAAUCAGAUAAUUUUUUA